AUGUUUGGUAUCAUUGUUGCCGGUCGUUUGGUUCAGACAGACUUCCAUCGAGUCAGUGAGACUCAGUUUCUGUUCAACAUCCCAGAGGCAGACAGCAUUAACCACGUGGUUAUUUUUAUGACGGGACAGACGCCUUUCCCUGAGGGAUUGGGAGGAGCCGUGUAUUUUGCUUGGCCUCGGCCGGAGGGACCUGUCUGGACAUUGCUGGGUCACAUUUCAAACCAGAAACCCAGUGCCAUUUUCAAAAUUUCUUCUUUGAAGACAGCCGAUGACAUCAAUGACGGACGGGUUCACUUUGGAGACAUGUCCCACCAACAGUCUCACCUGGCUCAGAUUGGCAUCUCCGUGGAGCCGCUGGAGCAGCUGGCCCAGCAAGUUCCCAUCACCCAGGUCUCAGCCCAGACUGCAGUGUCCACGUACAUGGAAUUCUGCACCAAGAUGCUGGAGAACUUUUUCAAUUAUGCUUCCUCGUUUGCUGUGACCCAGAGUCAGAUGACGCCCAACCCCACGGAGACAUUUGUGCCUUUGAGUACUCUUAAGACCUGGUUUGAAAACUUCCAACGAAGGCUACAACAGAAUCCUUACUUCUGGAAGUCAUGA